AAAGCAAUGCGCCCCGACGUCCAGACAAAUGCGAUACGUUCUUGAGGCUGCGUGGCUUGCAGCAUCUCCUGAAUGGAUUCUCGCGCAUCUCCAGAGAUCAACAAUACCCUAAAACCUAGCUGAAAUUUCACCAGGCAGCUCCCAACUACAUCGCGAUCCUACAAACACGACCAACACCCUUUGUUCCCCAUAGGACCUUCUUCUCACGAAUCAGUUCCCUUUUGAUACAAUACCAGUACUUGGACACCUCUUGCAUGUACUAUAACCUAUCUGCUGCUUUCUGAACAAAAUGACGGGCCCUGUUGCUUCACUCGAUGCGCCUGGAAUCAAGGCAGAAGGGGACCUACUAUAUAACAUGCGCUCAGAAGUAGCACAUCUACUAGACAGAAGGAACACCAAUUUUCCAGGCGCGCAACCUGUCAGUUUUGCUCGCAGACAUCUAGAGGCAUUGACGAAGCAAGACUACUACGUCUGCGAAAAGUCCGAUGGAAUGCGAUAUCUUCUAUACCUCACAACGGACCAUGAAGGAAGGGAAAUCCACUACCUCAUCGACCGGAAGAAUGAUUACUGGUUCAUUCCUACAGGAGCUCUGCACUUCCCCGUUCCUCGCGACCAACAAGCAUUCCAUACAAAUACCUUGAUCGAUGGAGAGUUGGUAUUCGACAAAGUGCCAGGAGGAGGAACACAACCAAAAUAUUUAGUGUUUGAUUGCAUGGUCCUCGAUGGAAAUAGUCUCAUGAACCGAACCCUCGAUAAACGGCUCGCAUACUUCAAGGAACGAAUUUUUGAUCCGUACAAACACUUGUUGGAGGAAUACCCAGAGGAGAAGCAAUACAUGCAUUUCAUCGUGGAGCUGAAGGCCAUGCAGUUUUCAUAUGCAGUAGAGAUGAUGUUCCGACAAAUCCUCCCAACACUACCUCACGGAAACGAUGGUUUGAUUUUCACAUGUCGAAUGACGGAUUACAAGCAUGGCACGGAUCAGAAUAUACUGAAAUGGAAGCCGGAACUCGAGAACUCAAUCGAUUUCAGGCUACAGUUGGAUUUCCCAAUUAGACAGCCAGAUGAGCAGGAUAGGGCUGAAGGGAUCACAAAACCAUACCUCGACUACGAUGCCAUGCCAACUUGUAAUUUGCACGUGUAUGCAGGUGAUGGGAAGGAGGAUCCAUAUUACAACACCAUGUAUCUCGACGACGAGGAAUGGGAAUCUAUGAAAGCCCGGAGAGAGCCUCUAAAUGACCGGAUUGUAGAGUGUUUCAUGGAUUCACAGAAGCGGUGGCGGUUCAUGCGGUUCCGAGACGACAAGACGAAUGCGAAUCAUACGAGUACAGUGGAUAGUGUGAUAGAAAGUAUCACGGAUAGAGUUACGGAAAAAGAUCUCAUUGCUGCGGCGAAGGGGAUUAGAGAUGAGUGGAAGAGAAGGGCUGCUGAGGAGGCGAGUAGAGAGAAGAAGGAACAAGAGAGGAAACGUGUGGCGAGUACGGGUGUUAGUAAUGGGCCGCCGCCGACGACGAAGAGGAAGGCUGAGGAACAAGGGCCUGGGAGGCCGAGUCCUGGACCGCCGGGGAAAUGAACAGAAGUGAAGUUCAACGAUUUGAGCUCGAAAUCAGAUGGAGAAAUUAUAGAAUGCAGGGGAGGGAGGAAAUCAAACUGUAUACAGUAUCACGAGGGCCUGACCCGUUGAUACUUCUUUGCGUAUUGCAGGGUUGCGGCGUUCGCUUAGCUGACCGAUCAGCUGUCUGUCUGUUCAUAAUGGGAAUUUAUCAGCGGGUGGGCAUCGUCAUUUGGCGUCUUGGGAAGAGAGAUUAAGUCCCUCACCGAAGGGCACGUGCGCGCUCAAGUCAUUUCUGGGGGACUGUUCGAAGUGGGCGGGGGCUUGGGCUUUAAAUAGGUGGUGUGCUUCGCUCCGCUCUGCUCUGCUCGGGUCUGCUUUAUGCUUCCUUUGCCAUUGGAGUAAACGACCCUAUUCAUCUAGAAGGAUGUGCUUGGGUUGGUGAGUGUAUUGCCUUUACGGAGGUGGAUGAUCGGGCGUUCCAUCGCUCCUUGUGGAGUAGCUACUCAGUCGAAUGAGAGAUGAUACCUUGUCAAAUACGUACAUUGGAUUUGCAUACCUAGAAUCACGGUGAUGUUCCAGAUGUAAAUUAUGAAGAGA